AUGCCUGCUGUUCAGAACAAGACCAAUUCCGCCGUGCAACUAACGCACAUCCCGACCGGCAUCGUGGUCAAGUCGCAAGCAACCCGAUCGCGAUCACAAAAUCGCAAGAUAGCGCGCGACUUACUAGCCGCCAAACUUGAUGAGAUGGAGAAUGGCGAGCACAGCCGUACCGCGAUUGUAGCAGAUUCAAAGAGCAAGAAGAAGGCAAGCGCUGCCAAGAAGAGUCGGAGGAAGUACCGCCAGCUCAAGGAUGGCCAAGACGCGGAGCAGCAGCCCCAGGCACAACUAUCACCAAAUGACCAAAUGAGGUCUAAAGAGGAUUCCGUGCCCUAA